AAGGGAAACCGAGAAGCCCCGCACGCACAAGUGCGCCAGCCAGCGCUCCGUCCAGCACCUGUUCCUCCCGUGCCACCGCCACCCGGGUCGCCACCCCUCCGAUUCUCGCCUCCCAGGCUCCCGCUUGUUCCCGGGAUGAAUUCAGUGCUGGGCAACCAGACCGAUGUGGCCGGCCUCUUUCUGGCCAACAGCAGCGAGGCGCUGGAGCGCGCCGUGCGCUGCUGCACACAGGCGUCGGUGGUGACCGACGAUGGCUUCGCCGAGGGUGGCCCCGACGAGCGUAGCCUGUACAUCAUGCGCGUGGUGCAGAUCGCAGUCAUGUGCGUGCUCUCGCUCACCGUGGUCUUCGGCAUCUUCUUCCUUGGCUGCAACCUGCUCAUCAAAUCCGAAGGCAUGAUCAACUUCCUAGUGAAGGACCGGAGGCCGUCUAAAGAGGUUGAGGCAGUGGUGGUGGGACCCUACUGAGUGGCCCUUGGGUCCCCCACGGCUGGUGCUCCUGGCACCUCCAGUAUUCUGCCAGCCGCGAUGUACCCCUCACCAUCAGAGACCGAGCAAAGCAAACCUGUCGGAGUCAGUUUUUUCUCUAGACUUCUGCCUUUGGGGGAAAAAGUGACCCAUUUCUGAUCGCUCUCCGUAAAGGCCCCAAACAAGCCUUCAGACCAGGAACGUCCAGACUUUGGGACUCAGCAGCAGGUGGCAAAAGAGGGCGAUUAGGGCGCAGGACUUUGGGAGCGGCUUCUUGCCUGAGAUGCGGGGGAGAUGGACCUGGAGAAGGCCCCUUUCCACCUGCAGGUGGGCCCAGCACUGGG